AACAAAAUCAAAUUGAUGGAAAAAGGAAAACCCUAACUUUGUAAUUGGGAGGGAAAGAAAAAAGGGGGAAAAAAAAAAAGAAAAGAAAAGAAAAGGGAAGUGGCUUUCUGUCUCAAUUCUGUAUUCUUUCAAUGGUAGAGUUCAUCUACAAAUCCGUUUAACCUGAAGCGACAUCUUCCCAAUCUCUUCUGCUCUGCUUCUUCCCGGCGGCUAUUAGCUUUCUGCCGGCGGUGACUCUUCAUCGUCUCAAUUUGCAAUAUCAGGACAAGAAAAACCAACUGUGAACCAGUCUUCAGAUAAAUCAUAAAUGUCCACGAGGGAAACUCUUCAACCACUAUACAAUGGACGUCCUGUUAAGGCUCCAGGGUUGAUGCGCCAUGGUCCUUUUCCUGGAUCAGAUUCUGCUGUCAGCCACAAAUCUCUUGAAUUAUUAGAGGAUAAAUUAGCUGUACAGACAUCUGACAUAGAAAAACUUGCAAGGGAAAAUCAUAAGUUGGCAACUGCUCAUGUCACUUUGAGGCAAGAGCUCGUGGCCGCCGAGAAUGAAAUACAAACUGUGCGGGCACAUAUUCGAAGCAUUCAGACAGAAAGUGAUAUUCAGACGAGAGUAUUGCUAGAUAAGAUUGCAAAAAUGGAAGCAAGUAUUGAAGCUGGAGAGGGGCUGAAGAAGGACUUGCAGCAGGCCCACAUGGAGGCUCAGAGCUUGGUCAAGGACAAACAAGAAUUAACCUUCCAAAUUCAACAAGCAACCCAGGAAUUGAAUAAAGCAGAGUCUGAUAUUAAGAAUCUACCUAAUUUACAUGCUGAGCUCGAGGAUUUGAGGAAAGAACACCAAAGGUUAAGAGGAACAUUUGAGCAUGAAAAAGGUAGGAACAUAGAACAAGUAGAGCAAAUGAAAGCAACAGAAAUGAAUCUGAUUUCCCUUGCAAGAGAAGUAGAGAGGUUGCGAGCCGAGGUUUUGAACGUGGAAAAAAGGGCAUAUGCACCAAAUGCAUAUGGCGGCACGUACGUGAAUUUGGAUCCUUCAUACCCACCUCACAUGCCCGGAGCCAAUGACUAUGUUGACAUGUAUGGAAGGUCGCAAGUUGCAGUGCCUUCUGUGGCGCCAGGAGACAGUCAAAUUCCACAUUCCAUUGAUCAUGCCCUGGCCAGCACUGGAACGAUUGCGGGUGUGGCUGCCCCCAUUGGUAGCAGUGCUGCCUGGGAAGCGACAUUUGAUCCUUCCAUUCCUCGAAGGUGAGUGUGUGAAGCCAUGAUCACUGCUUCUUUGUUCAGAUUAGCUGCCUCAAUUUGUUAGUAAAAAAGUACACACACACUCUUUAGUUGAAAUUUUCUCCCUGUAACACUUCCAAGUAUUAUGCAAACACAUACAGAAUACCAUCAUGUUAACAAUGACAUUCAUGUUAACAAGUUCAGUUAUGGUGUAUUUGUAGUGAUCAACUUCAGUUGAUUGACUGGAAUGAAAUUAGUGAAGUUGGGAGUAAGAUUAUGAUACUAUUUGGAUUCA